AUGACGAAGACGAAGACGGCGACGGUGAAGGAGCCGCCGCAACGCCUCGAUAUCGCCGACUUGGGAAUUGACAAAGAGGAUGACGAUUACGCAGAUGGCGUUGCUUGUGUGAAGGAAUACUGGAAAAGCGCGCACGAUAUGACUGAAGAGGAUCGCCAGAAGUUCUGCACCCUAAUGCGCACCCGCGGCAAUUGGAAACACGUCGCGUCCUCUCGAAAACAGCCUUCGGGACACCGCAUUUACAAGAAUGCCACAGGCAAAACGAUUCCGGGCCUCCUCGUUAUCAGAGCGUUGUACAAAUACGUGCCAGCAGAAUUUACACAGCGGAUACGGGAGUCGGCGUUGCGAAUUCCAAACAAAGAUCGAACACGGGAUUAUCUCGCCGCCUACCCAGACACCGUGCUGCCAAGACCAUGGAGCUACGAUACUGAUGAGGCAAAAACCUAUCAGGCAACGUGGCCUGCUCUCAGAACUAUUCCAAGCAGAUACAGAAAGAAAUCUACCCGCACAACUGGUCAGCAGGCCCCCCAAACCGGUCAAACUCUCCAGACGACUGCUCAACCGCAGCAAGUCGCUCCUCAAACCGCUCCGGCUCUCCUAACGACUGCUCAGCCGCAGCAAGUCGCUCCCCAGACUGCUCAAGCGGUUCAGACAACGCGCCAGGCACAGCAAGUCGUUCCUCCAAGCGUGCCCGCUCUUCAUGCGACGGUUCAACCGCAGCAAGUCGCUCCUCAAACCGCUCCGGCUCUCCUAACGACUGCUCAGCCGCAGCAAGUCGCUCCCCAGACUGCUCAAGCGGUUCAGACAACGCGCCAGGCACAGCCAGCCGUUCCUCAAACCGUCAUCCAGGAACAACCCGCUCUCCAGGCCGCCCGCAAUGCGUUGAUCAUGCCUGGUGUUGCCCUCCCGCUGUCACCACAGUCAGAUAUACACGACAAUACCACGACCGCGCCAGCCAGAGAUAUCUUUGCCGAUCUGCUCGGAAUGGGAAGACUACAGUCGGAUUCGCCCACAGAGUCGCUUCCCUCGCCGCCCUCGCGCCCCCCGCCGUCGCCUUUCGCGCCCCCAGAGCUCGCUCAAACGACCUUGCCGAGCGGCUUCACCACAGCAAACACGCAGGGCCAACGACGGACUUAUGAGGAAGCCUUCGGCAACGACAUCCGUGAAAACGAUGCAGGCAGAGGCAGAAAUGCCUUUACGCAGCCAUAUGCCAAUGCGACGACGCCACUUUCCAACACAGCGGCAACAAUGGCAACGCCUUACGCUCCCGCGGCAAACCAACUACCGCUAUCAGCUGCACCUGUUUCGACGCCAGAGAUGCUACGUGACGGCAUGGUUUUCAGACCCCUUUCCGUCCUUCACCAACAACAACCGCCGACACCGUUGGACGGAACUUACAACGCUCUAGUGCAGCGGGAUGCGGAGCAGCGGGCGUGGUUGUCGGCCCUGACGACUGACGUGCAGCAGCUGGCUUGGAUUCUAUCUAGACGUACACAGUGA